ACAAAAACACAAAAACAAAAUCAUAACAGGGAUUGCAUUAUCGCAAGGCAAUAUGUCCUUCCUUUUAAAUGGUAAACUUUUACGAUCUUCUCUAUCGAAGACAGUUUUAAACUGGACCGGACUUGGGGCUACGCGUGAAAAGCACGUGAUGCCCAAGCAUUUGGAAAAAAUCAAUAAAGACAAAGACCCACCAUUUGCACACAUGGUUGAGUAUUAUUAUCACUCGGCCGCUCAGCUAAUGGAGCCGAUGAUGAUAAAGGAGCUGGAAAAGUAUCCUUACAUGAAGAAGGAACAGCGUGAACAACGUGUUUCCGCCAUGCUUAAAUUGAUGGGCUGCACUACAAAUCUAUUGGAAGUUACCUUCCCUAUAAUAAGAAGUGAUGGCAAUUACGAGCUAAUCACCGGCUAUCGCGCACACCACACUAGACACAGAUUACCACUCAAAGGCGGCAUACAUUUUGCCAUGGUCGUCGACGCCGAUGAGAUACGCGCAUUGGCUUAUCUGAUGGCGUUUAAGACGGCUUGCGUGAAUGUACCGUUUGGUGGUUCCAAGGGUGGCAUACGUAUCGACCCGAAGAAGUAUACUGCACAAGAAUUGCAAACAAUUACGCGUCGCUAUACAAUGGAGCUAUUACGUCGCAAUAUGAUAGGUCCGGGUAUAGAUGUACCGGCACCAGAUGUGAAUACCAGCCAACGCGAGAUGAGUUGGUUGGUGGAUCAAUAUAUUAAAACUUUUGGCUAUAACGAUGUAGAUGCAUUGGCCAUCAGGACUGGUAAGCCAGUAGAAAUAGGCGGUAUAAAUGGUCGCACCGCCGCCACGGGACGUGGUCUAUUUAAGGCGGCUGAAUGUUUUAUUAUGGAUAAAGAUUGGAUGGAUUUAUUAGGCUGGAAGACUGGUUGGAAAGAUAAAACCGUGAUCGUACAAGGGUUUGGCAAUGUCGGUUCCCAUGCAUCCGUUUUUGUAGUGGAAGCCGGUGCCAAACUGAUCGGUGUUCAAGAAUUUGACGUGUCUCUUGUAAAUGAGAAUGGCAUAGAUCCAAAGGACUUAAUGGAGUAUUAUGCAAAAAAUAAUAAAUCAAUCAAGGGCUAUACCAAAGCCACCGAAAAAGAGGGCAGUUUGUUGGGUGAAAAAUGCGAUAUACUAAUGCCUUGCUCUACGCAAAAGGUUCUCACUGUCGAAAAUGCUAACAGUGUACAAGCCAAGAUGAUUUUAGAAGGCGCUAAUGGUCCUUCGACGCCAGCUGCCGAUGAAAUAUUACGUAAAAAGAAUGUACUCAUUAUACCGGAUUUGUUUUGCAAUGCUGGCGGUGUAACGAUAUCCUACUUUGAGUACUUAAAGAAUAUCAAUCAUGUAUCUUAUGGCAAAAUGAAUGUUAAACGCGAGAAAGCCAUAAUCAACGAGAUCUUUAACUCCAUGAAUGAGUGCGACGAUAAGUUUAAGCCAAACGAAAAGUUAAAGCUCAUAAGAGACUGUACGAAGGAGGCGGAUAUUGUAGACGCAGGACUACAAACAGUUAUGGAAACUGCGGGGGCAGGCAUUAAGAUUGUGGCCAAUGAAUUCGGUCUCUGCAAUGAUUUACGCACCGCUGCCUUUAUUUACUCGAUUUCUAAGAUUUUCCGAGCCUUAGAAAUGGAGGGCAUUUCUCAACAAUAAUUACAGAAUGCGUCUGAAGUCGCUAGGCGAUUGUUUAUUUUUACACAUGUCAAGAAUGUCCGAAUGAAUGAAAUAAAUAACUCGCACACACUUUAUUUA